AUGAAUAGCCUCAUGUAUUCCGCCACCGAUGAGGUGUGGCAGGGUGAGCUGCUGGACAGCCCCCUCUGCCAGAAGUGUUUGGAGCUCCAUGAUCAUGCAUGUUCUCCUCUCUCUAAACCCCUUCCGGCCGACGCUAUGUCCCUCCCCCCUCGAUCCAUCAAAUCCGGUAUCACGGGGGCCCUCUCCCUCCAUGACUACCGCAAAUUCCUCUCCAAAUCUGCAGACCGCAUAGAUGAUCCCGUCGAUCAUGCAGGAAGGAAAUUGAAGCGAAAGACGGCGGCGUUACAUUUGAAUCGCCCACCCGCACUCAAUAUCUCUUAUCCUAACUCCGUCUCUUCGGCCUCGAGUCCUCCGCCGCUGUCCCCCUCGUAUUCGCACAGCAUCAUCUCCCAGCGGAGUGAAGAGCCUGAGAUUGGAGAAGCUCAUCCUGUUCACUAUCAGUCUCCCAGCCCACGAGUAACUCUUGUUUCAGACAACGGCACUCGUACAAGACCCAACAGGAAGCGUUUGAACACUUUCCGGGAGAAGUUCCAGCAGAACAAGGCACAAGCUCAAGCCGAGGCCGAAGUCGAAGCUCGCAAGGCCGAGCCAGACUCCAUGCUAGCCAGCACACAGGCCGUUGCCACCGUCUCACACGGUGGCGCUUGCUUUGAGAUUUUGAAUCCGCGCAAGUCGCUGGAUCUCGCACGCAUCGUCUCAUACAUAGAAGACGUCGACAGCUGCUCCAUACUCUCCGACCAAGAAUCCACUUUCCCCCUCGACCAGGGACUGGACCGGGUGUCCAUUUCCCAAUACACAGAUGCAUCGCUGCCAUCCUUCUACUCAGCAAACUCUCUUUACACCUCCCUAGACCAGUCAACACCCAAGGGCCAAGAGUUCCCCUCACCAUCACCUGGGAACCACGGCCGCGUCCACUCUCUAUCAGAAUACUCCCUCAACGAAGGCUUCAACUACUGGAGCCGCCCUGUACAAAACAAUAGCGAAAACGACCGCCACGAUGACCCCCAAACAGCAAUGACCUCCAUACGGGAAGAGUCCGUUCCCCCAGCCCUCUCAGAUUCCCACACCCACUCCCGCCGCCCCUCUACACCAUCCACCCAAGACUUCUACUCCGAAAGCGAAAUCGGCGAGCCGGGCUCCCCAGUCUACGCAAACGGCGAAUGGGCCCAAGUCGACGAGCGCGAUCGAGGCAUCUUCUACGAACUCGAAGAGUUUGACCAACCCGAAUACCAUCACGACAGAGACUCCGAACCCUCACCUCAUGAGUCUCUCGAUACCGAUACUCCCCUCCACUCACCCAUCACCCCCCUCUCGCCUUUCGAUUUGAAAUACGAUCCCUAUGACCCUAUCUACUUCGAUCCUCAUGUGCAGUCUGUUCUUGCGGCUGCGAAUGCUGAGAAUAUGGGUCUGAGGGGCACUCGUCAGCUUGACGGGAGAGACUUCCAGAGACGGAAGAGUGAUGAGCGGAAAGCUGGGGGAGGAAGGGGUUGA